CGAGGAAAGCAAAGGGGGCUGUUCACUCCUACUGCACCCACCCACACAAAGCUCACCAUGCGAAGAUACUGAGGUGGUGGAUUGUACUAUUUCACUCUCUCUCCCUCCCUCCAUGUAUCUCUCUUCCCACUGAACCUUCUGAAGGUGAUGUGACCCGUGCCAUGCUAGGAGUUCUAUCUGGUGCCUUGGACCUUGAGGUGUACAUCUGCACACCCUUAGCCUCAACAAGAACACCCUCCACCUCCACCUAGUCAUUCCUCACUGUGCCCAUCAUCCCCUUGCCUCCCAGUCUGAUCCCCUGGUCACGCCAAAGAGAGGCAGACAGCACGAGCCCAUCUCACAUCUGAGAAACGUCUGAGGGACCCGUGGCACCACACAAAGGCGGAGCCAGCCCCAUGGUGCAUAAGAACUCAGGAAAGAUGAGCAACCACAUCUAGCAGAUCUUUUUUGUCUUUUUCAGAGCAAAGUGUACAAGAAAUAGGGGGAGAGACAUACUCCUGUGAAAUAAAGAGAGGGAACAGGACAGGGAGAAACAGAAGAGGAUGCCUUUUGGGGGGUUUUCGGGGCUGAAGGAGCGGGUUCUGAAACCAGGAAAGGAGGAGGUGAAGAAUACAGUAGGAGACGGUCUGGGGAACCUGCAGAGGAAAAUUGAUGGGACCAAUGUGGACGAGGAUGACCAGAUGGAGCUCACGGAGGACGGGCAACCGGUGGCUCCUCGCCACAAUGCCCCUCUGUUUGACUGCGGUUGCUGCGGCCUGCCCAAGCGCUACAUCAUCGCCAUUCUCAGCGGACUGGGCUUCUGCAUCUCCUUUGGCAUCCGUUGCAACCUGGGGGUGGCCAUUGUGGAGAUGGUCAACAACAACACAGUCUACAUCAAUGGGACACCUGUACUCCAGCCAGCUCAAUUCAACUGGGACCCAGAGACUGUGGGACUGAUCCAUGGCUCCUUCUUCUGGGGUUACAUCGUCACACAGAUCCCUGGAGGCUUCAUCUCCAACAAGCUGGCCGCCAACAGAGUGUUUGGGGCGGCCAUUUUUCUCACGUCCAUACUGAAUAUGUUCAUCCCUUCAGCAGCCAGAAGGCACUACGGCUGUGUCAUGUUAGUCCGCAUCCUGCAAGGCUUGGUGGAGGGUGUUACCUACCCUGCAUGCCAUGGGAUGUGGGCCAAAUGGGCCCCUCCCCUGGAGAGAAGUCGACUGGCCACCACCUCAUUCUGUGGUUCCUAUGCAGGUGCUGUGAUUGCCAUGCCUUUAGCAGGAGUCCUGGUUCAGUUUGUUGGAUGGCCCUCAGUCUUCUAUAUCUAUGGUGUAUUUGGGAUUAUAUGGUACAUCUUCUGGCUCCUGCUUGCCUAUGGGAGCCCAGCCGCCCACCCCACUAUAAGCGAUGAGGAGAGGAUCUACAUAGAGACCACCAUAGGCGAGGGUGUCAAAAUAUUGAGCGCCACUGAGAAAUUCAAGACUCCAUGGCGCCGUUUCUUCACCUCCAUGCCUGUCUAUGCCAUCAUCGUGGCUAACUUCUGCCGUAGCUGGACCUUCUAUCUGCUCCUCAUCAGCCAACCAGCCUACUUUGAGGAGGUGUUUGGCUUCUCCAUCGGCAAGGUGGGGCUCCUGUCUGCUGUGCCUCACAUGGUGAUGACCAUCGUAGUGCCUAUCGGUGGCCAGCUAGCCGACUUCCUACGCAGUCGUAAAAUCAUGUCAACUACAAACGUCCGGAAAAUCAUGAACUGCGGAGGUUUUGGAAUGGAGGCGACUCUGCUGCUGGUGGUGGGGUUCAGUCACACACGUGGGGUUGCCAUCUCCUUCCUGGUGCUAGCUGUGGGUUUCAGUGGCUUUGCCAUCUCAGGGUUCAAUGUAAACCACCUGGACAUUGCUCCUCGCUAUGCCAGUAUCCUAAUGGGCAUCUCCAAUGGUGUUGGCACACUGUCUGGAAUGGUGUGCCCCCUUAUUGUUGGAGCACUGACUAAACACAAGACCCGCCUGGAGUGGCAGAACGUGUUUGUGAUAGCCGCCAUGGUGCACUACACAGGGGUCAUCUUCUAUGCUAUCUUCGCCUCAGGCGACAAGCAGGAAUGGGCAGAACAAGAGAGCACCAGCGAAGAUAAGGUCGGUAUUAUCGACGAGGAUGAGCUGGCCGAAGAGACAGAGCUCAACACCGAGAUUGCCAUUGCACCCAAGAAAAGCUAUGGAACCACAGAGAACUCAUCGGGUCGCAAACAAGGCUGGAAGAAGAACAGAGGAGUCACCAUGCAGGAAGAUAAGGAUGAUGGGAACUCGCACCACGGGAAUGGGAACUACCAGGAGCAGUAUCAGUGAUGCGCCCUAAUAAUCAGGGGCAUUGGCUGUAUAGAUUCUCCACAUUUUUCCUGGAGUGUGCACUUGCACACUUUCUCACAUAGAAAACCAGAGGAAACCAGAGAAGGCUUAGUGGGAGGAGCUAUAGGAGGAAGGGCUCAUUGUAAUGGCUGGAAUGCAAUGAAUGGUACGAAGUCAAACAUGUGGUUUCCAUAUGUUUUAUGUGUUUGAUACUGCUCCAUUUAUUCCAUUCCAACUCUUACAAUGAACCCGUCCUCCUAUAGCUCCACCCACAUGUCUCCUCUGGUGGAAACUCCAUCCAGUCAUUGCUUACACCAAUCCUAUGCUUUUAUAUCCAUGACGUGGAGUGUGCAAAUGCCCACUUCUGGAAAAGGUUAUAGAACCAGGACACAAAAGUAUCUCUAUUGACCCCCUAUUCACUGUGCACUACUACUACAGGGAAUAGGGUGGCACGGUCACUUGAGCAGCACUGCAGGACUUCCCCUUCACGUCAACAUCCAGUGAAGGAAGAAGAGUAAAAUUCACACAGCCCGGCAGAACUAUCAGUGGUCAUUCUUCUGAGAAGUUACAAAAGAAGUUACAGCAUCUAUCAUUUACCACAAACUGACCUUUUGUUGUUGUUUGGUCAUUUGUGACGACCACCUCUAUUAGGUCUUAUGUUGCAAAAUUUGAAAUUGUGUUUUUUUACAUAGGAUAAAAGUAGAGAGUCAGAGCUAAAAAAAAAUGGCACAUCAUACUCUGCCGUUGAGGAACAAUGGGAAAGUAAUUCUGCUUUGAAAGUUGAACAACUUUUGAGAAAAUGGCCCUUUGUCUACACCUAUUCAACAUUGUUCACACCCUCUUAAGCCCCACCCAUCUCUUUAAUGAUUCACAUGUGAGACCAUGUGCUAAACAGAGUGAGUAAGGUAGUGUAGUAAACAACCAAAGAUUUCAAGACUAAAAGUGGUGAAAGUAGUAGCUUACAAUAAGGAAAAACACCAGGUAAAAAUACACUUUAUCUAGUCCUUGGCCUAUAUCCUAAUCUGACUUUGGUGCAGGUCAUGCUGUUCUUCACAUUACUGUCUAUUGUAAACACACACUAUAUCAAAUAAAAUGUUUAUUUGUCACAUGCACAGGAUACAGAAGAUGUAAAUGGUUACUUGCGUAUUUGCAUAGUAGCAAUAUCAAAAAUAGAAAGUGUCCAGUCACUUUUGUUUAGACAUGUACAUAUGUUCAUGAAAUCCAAUAGAUGGCUGUAAUCACCCCCAGUCACACCUGGCUAAUUUGAUGGGUCAUGUAAUCAUCUGGCAAAUUGGAGUAUUUUGUUUAGACAUGUGAACCAUAAACUAAACCCAUAGUAUUAGUAAUACAAACGGAUUGUCAUAGCUAGCUACCAUGCAUGAAAUGCUGUAGUAUGAAUCUGCAGGUAGCCAAAGCUAACCAACUUGGUUAAAUGUUAGCCAACUAGCUAACAUUAGGCUAUAACUAGCCAUGCAAAUGUUUUUCUGAAAUAUGAAUAAUAUUACUACACAGAUCAUACAUGUAACGUAAUGUUAGCUAGCGAGCCAGCAAGCUAACAUUCGCUAGCUUGCUAACAGUAGGCUUUAACUUGCAAUGAAAACAGCUUUGACAAAAUUAGAAACCUAUAAUAUGUAGCUAGACUCUUACCUGUAUACAUGGAUGAACGCUUCACAGCAGACUGGAACCCUUUUAACUAAGUAAGACGUACUGUGUCGUUUACGUUUUGUUUGUACAGCUUGUUUGGCCUGCUGUGUCAAGUCAUUCCGGUUUACACUGAUUGUGUACAGAAAGUAGUCCAUCACAACUUUUUCCCACUGAUCUUUGUCAAUAGCACCAGCUACAUUCUGGGCAGCAAUGCUGUUGAGAGCAGUAGCAAAACUUGUGCAGUUCUCCAUGACUAAUGUUAUAUAUUUAAAAAAAGCUGUGGUAGCAAGGACUAUCUACACAUACUGAGCAGCUCAUGUUAGCUAAAGACAGAAACGUGCUACAUGGCAGACCAAUCUGAACUCAUAUCUUGGCAUGUCCAGCCCGUCCAUUAUCUCAGCCAAUCAUGGCUAGCGGGAAGGUUCCUGUCUUUUUCCGUGGCUAAACCAACUAGGCUCGUAAUUUAACAAUUUUAUUCGUAUUUACAGAUGGCAUACACGUUUGUUAUUAAGGCACAUGAAAUUUCACAUGUUCCAGAAAGAAUUUCUGUCCAAAAAAAACAAUAAUAAUUACGUUAAAAUGCCUCUCCUGUGAAGUAGUGACGUGUGACUUACGCCUAGCUUCCUGAAAUGGGUCACAUUUUGUCCAUUUGACGGUUUUACCUCACACUAAGAAAUCUUUUCAUUAUUGUGUGGUCCCUGAUGAUGAGGUCACAUUUUCAGUUACAAAGUAUUGUCAAAUGAGAGACAAAUUAGACACAUUUGUCUGGUAGGAACUCAUUACAAUAUUUGAUGUAAAAAUAUAUAUAUUCCGCUACCUGAAUGUAUUCAACUUGGGUAAAAUGCGGCCUUCAAUUGCUCCUUGGAAUCUCAUAUUUCCCAUUUGUGAAGUCGUAAAAAACGACAUAAUUGUGUUCAAGUUUUGAAGUCAGAACAAUUAUCAGUCCAAUAAGAUUUUAGCUAGCUAGAUGGGCUAACUAACAUUGAUAAUAAUAAAGUAAGCUAGCGUACUAACAUUUUCAACAAUAAUGUUAAACUAGCUACAUUAUCCACAUUGUCAAAGUUUAACAUUGUGAAAAAUGGCUUUGAUUUAUCAUGGGAAAGGCUAGUGAUGAAAUGUCACAAAUCAUAAACUUGCGAAUCAAAAUUAUCCCCACUUUCCCACUUUGACUUGGAGGAUCGUUCAAGUGGUUAUUUGUAGGGUGCCGUCUUUCGGAUGGGACGUUAAACGGGUGUCCUGACUCUCUGAGGUCAUUAAAGAUCCCACGGCACUUAUCGUAAGAGUAGGGGUGUUAACCCCGGUGUCCUGGCUAAAUUCCCAAUCUGGCCCUCAAACCAUCAUGGUCACCUAAUAAUCCCCAGUUUACAAUUGGCUCAUUCAUCCCCCUCCUCUCCCCUGUAACUAUUCCCCAGGUCGUUGCUGCAAAUGAGAAUGUGUUCUCAGUCAACUUACCUGGUAAAAUAACGGUAAAAUAAAAAAUAAAAAAAUUUAAAAAAUCCAACUCGGAACCUUGUAAUUCCAAAUUUCCGACAGCACUUGAAGGCAGCAUCAGACAUGACAAAUUAAUACAUUCAUAUUUUAUGUCAUUAUAAAUCUAAUCAACAUCAAGUUUUUAUUUAUCAAGCACUCAUUUCUACAUUAUUGGUCUGUACAUAAAAACCGAUUGAUCAAAUGCAAGAUCAAUCAAACAUACAAAUAUUCAUAAACGGAUACCACAUCAGAAUUUCUAUGACACAUGGUUUUGAUACACUAACAUGUUUUUAACUCAAUUUAUCGGAAUUUAAAGAAACGUAGCACUUCUGUCAUACCUCUCUCUCUUCCUUACAACUGCUGACCAACCUCCUUUGCACAGUAAGUGCAGAUGGAACCUACUGUAGUGUGGCUUACCUUUAAUUUAAUGUAAAUAGCUUUGUUUGGUGUCAGCUAUGCAACUAAGGGGUAUGUGCAUAUCAUGAAUGUGACUGGUUUGCUUUCCAAUAAGAAGACCACAAUGUUAAAAUGAUCUGCCUUUUUUGUUGCUUGUACCGAUUUGCUACUGUUCAGUGAUGACACUCUACCACAGCAUUCAGCCUGCUGUCCAUGCCUUAGCAGGCCCUAGUCCCACUGUUCCCCUUUAAUGCACUAUUUUCAACAUUGCUAUGUGUAAUUUUGGUGCUGUAAGCUCUCAGUAAGACACAUGUACUGUGGAAGGUAAAACUGCACAUAUUCUCCAAUUCAAUAUCUCAUGGAGUGGGUUGAUGUCACAUAUCAUCAUGCAAUCAUCUACUGUUUAUCUAUUUGAUAUUCAUGUUUAUUCCAAAAAAUAAAUAAACCAUUUCUGAAUGUAAAUAAGAGGUAGAAUGACUACUCCUCAAACUACUGCAAUCUAUUGAUGCAAUUACAUUUUAGUCAACAUUAAAUGGGAUCAAUAUUAUUGCUAUUUUUGGGAUUAUAAAAUCAGUGAUACAUGGAUUUUUUUGUUUUUUGUACAGUAUUUAAUUAUUUGUCCUUCUAUUGUUUGCGGAAUAGUUGAUUUAAUAUAUGGACUUUACUAUUUUCAGAUUUGCCAGCUUUUAACCUAAUAUGAUCUAUUCGAGGUUUAUUGUUUAAAAAAGUAACCACACUGAACAAGUCUUAAGUCUUAACUAUGGAUCAUUGAGUAAUGUAAACCAAGUUGUUUUUCAUUCCACCACUGAUUGUUCAUUUCAAAGUUCUUUGUGGUAAAUCCACCAUCAAGUGCAAUUCGUCAAUUGUUUUAUUUCAAAAUAAAUCGUGCAGUUUGAAACACAAUUUAUCCGAUUGUAAAUGGUGGCAAAGCUGCUUUCAGGCUUGUGUGGACGUAAUUAUUUACACUCCAACAUGUACACCUCAAACUGACCUCACACACAAGGUCAAAUGUCACCUCACACACAAGGCCUUACGGUAAAUUCCAUGUAUGGUUUGAAGGUAAACAUUCUUUGCCAUGAGUAAUUGAACACCUUAAUAAAAACCACAUUCACACCUGUUUCCUCC